CACAGUUUACCGCGGAGAUAGAGCCAGACAGAGCGAACGAGCUAGAACCGGAGGGUUUAACUCUGUGAUGCAUCUGUGUGUGGCGAUUUACACUAAACAACUUUUUUUUUUAAAUCUGAUGUUGAAUAACGCGUUCAUCUCCGCUGUUUGGACCGCAUAAAGAGCAAGUUGUUUUUUGUUUGUUUGUUGUCCUAACCCGACGUGGACUUCUUUGACACUGGACGGACUUCACUGAACUCAAGAUGUCAAUUUUGCCUUUCACUCCCCCCAUUGUCAAAAGACUUCUGGGCUGGAAGAAGGGAGAGCAGAACGGACAGGAGGAGAAGUGGUCUGAAAAGGCGGUGAAAAGUCUUGUGAAGAAGCUGAAGAAGACGGGGCAGCUGGACGAACUGGAGAAAGCCAUCACGACCCAGAAUAUCAACACAAAAUGCAUCACCAUACCGAGGUCUCUUGAUGGCCGUCUGCAGGUUUCCCACAGGAAAGGUCUCCCACAUGUCAUUUACUGCCGUCUGUGGCGCUGGCCCGACCUGCAGUCCCACCAUGAGCUGCGUGCGGUGGAGCUGUGUGAGUACGCCUUCCACACCAAGAAGGAUGAAGUGUGUGUCAACCCGUACCACUACCAGAGAGUGGAAACCCCAGUACUCCCACCUGUGCUGGUGCCCAGACACACAGAAAUCCCCAGUGAGUUCCCUCCUCUGGAUGACUACAGCCAUUCAAUCCCCGAAAACACAAACUUCCCUGCUGGCAUCGAACCCCAGAGCAACUACAUACCAGAAACGCCUCCACCAGGCUACCUCAGUGAGGAUGGAGAGACCAGCGAUCACCAGAUGACCCACAGCAUGGACACGAGCUCCCCAAACCUGUCACCUAACCCUGUUUCACCCACACACAGCAACUUAGACCUUCAACCUGUGACAUACUGUGAGCCGGCCUUCUGGUGCUCGAUUUCCUACUACGAGUUAAACCAGCGAGUAGGAGAGACCUUCCACGCCUCACAGCCCUCGCUGACAGUGGACGGCUUCACGGACCCCUCCAACUCAGAGCGUUUCUGCCUGGGCCUGUUGUCCAAUGUCAACCGCAACGCAGCUGUGGAGUUGACACGCAGACAUAUUGGACGUGGUGUGCGGCUUUAUUACAUCGGAGGAGAAGUGUUCGCAGAGUGUCUCAGCGAUAGCGCCAUCUUUGUUCAGAGCCCCAACUGUAACCAACGCUACGGCUGGCACCCUGCCACCGUCUGCAAGAUCCCUCCAGGAUGUAACCUGAAGAUCUUCAACAACCAGGAGUUUGCUGCCCUGCUGGCACAGUCGGUCAACCAGGGGUUUGAAGCUGUUUACCAGCUCACUAGGAUGUGUACCAUCAGAAUGAGCUUUGUAAAGGGCUGGGGAGCAGAGUACAGGCGACAGACGGUGACCAGCACCCCCUGCUGGAUCGAGCUGCACCUGAACGGCCCCCUGCAGUGGCUCGACAAGGUGCUCACACAAAUGGGCUCCCCUAGCAUCCGCUGCUCCAGCGUCUCUUAGGAAAAAAAAAACUCUCCAUCUACCCAAUUCCUGUCAGUGACUCAAAAAACACAAGACUGCAUGCAGACAAAAACACCUUCAAAUGUUCAGAAAGAUGGUAACAACCAGCCCCUCCCUCCUUCAGCCAAUCCUCAAUCUGUAUCUUCUACUCCCUCCUCCCCACUGGCUGUCAGUAGCACUUUUUAUAUUCAUGUUGUUUGUGGUAAAAGGGGACGAGUGCAGUAAAGCAGCACCAUGAUGAUGUUGAUUGGUUAAUUGGCAGUUUGAUGGAAACGUUUUAGUCAUUGGCUUCAAAGUGCAAGAAAGGCCGUAAUGAAGAGAGGAGAUUUUUCCAAUUAAGAGAUUCUUUAUAUUAUUUUUCAUUAUUAUAAUAACUUUUGUACAGAUGUUAAGGUGAACAGUGGAUUUAAAAAAAGAAUUUCAUUUUUUAAGCAUAUAAACCAUACUUUAGAUAUUGUUACAUGCAUUUCAAAUGACUUUGUUUCUGUAUUUGGGCAUUUGAUCGUUUAUGAAGACAGAUUGAAAAUGAGUAACCAGGACAAUUCAGCCACCGAUUGUAAACACUGCUUGAAGGAAAUACAGCAAGUCUACAUGAGUAUUUGUCAAUGCUCUUAUAAUGUCGUUUUAUGCAGCCUUUGUUACUCUGACAGGGCUAAUAACAUGAUGUUUAACUACAAGUCAAACUAUUGAUCAAACCUUUCCCACCUAUCAUAGCUGAAACCACACUUACUAGUUUAAAUUAUGUACCAGAUUGAUAAGCAGCCAGAUGCUUCAGGAUCCAGUAAAGCAGAUAGUAGAUACAACUUUUUCAGCCCCUAUGUGAUGACAUGAAGAUAUUUGCAUUCAUCAAAGGUCAUGACGAUGAUGAUGAUGCACGUUUUCAAAAUGUUCUUAUUCCUGUAAAGUGGCGUUGGCAAAGUACACUCAAGGGAUGUACAGUACUUCUGUAUGUAGUUCUUGUCAGAGUGUAAUGUGAAAUAUACUCUACGUUCAUUUCAGGAAGCUUUGCCAAUAUGCAAUACCAUUUUUUUGCAGAGUAUUAUGAUGUAGGUAUCGUGUUUAACAGACCUGUACACAGAACUGGACAACAUUACGUUACAUUUUGCUAACAUUUAGUAAGAAUUCUGAACACACAACAUGUAGAUAUAGUACUUGUGUGUGAUAGGAGAACUCUGCAGAAAGCUGUGUAAAGAGAGCAGGAAGAUGCCUUUGCUUUUUUUAAUUUUCUCUCUCAGCAGUCCGUAACAUUGCUCUUACUUUUAGCCAUCAGUGAUAUUGACUUUUUGCACACUCAGGACCGUCAACACAAACAGAUGAAUUCUGCACAGAAAUCAGUCAAAACAACGGAUGCAUGACUCUCAAGACUUCAGUUUAUUUUGAUACCAAUUGUUUUUGUAGCACAAAAAGGUGAUGAUGUGUUGUAGACUUUGUCUGCUCUCAGUGUUUUUGCAUGACAUGACAGGAGAUACUGCGGGCAGGCGUAGGAUAUGAACCUUGUAUUUUUCUACCUGUGCUGUGAAGACAAGGCAGCGUCAGAAUAAAGCACAACGUUUUACAAAGGGAAGUGUUUAGAUGAAUAGAGGCUUCAUCUAAUUUCCCUCUUUUUUGGUCUAUGUACAUGUAGUACAUAAAAUACAUGUGAUAUAGUACGACCAUCAGCCUUUAUAAUGUUGAUGGAUUUUUUAAAAAUAUGAGAACAAAAAAAAAAAAAGGCUCAAAAAGAACAAAAAAGUUGAGUCACUUUUGGGGAAGCCAAUGCUGGAAUAGAAACGUUUACUCUUAGCUUUGGUCCCUUUUUCUUCAACCCACCCACUGUGCUGGAAGUCGACGGAUUUCCUUUACAACAUUACACAAAGACACAGUGGGUGGACAUGGACAACCGUUGGACUCUUUUUUUUUUUUUUUUUUUUUUUUUUUCAGAACCUGCUUACAAUAACCAGCUUUUGAUGUUAAUGCCAGCCCAGUGGUGCUAAUCUGUAACAUUUUAGGGACUCAAGAGCGAUACAAAGCCAUAAGAUUUGACUCUUGAAGCUGGUAGAUUUUGAUCUCUUUAAAAUGUCGAACUUUUAAACCUUCAAACAAUAGUGUGAGAUUGUUUCAGAAACGGUAGCAUCUACUAAUCUGAGACACGUGAGCCCUUUGAAGAGCUUCUAGUGUUCUUGAAUGCAGCAGUCCUGAUCCUAAUGGGCUCAUGGCCGGUGUAAUUACCCAGUAGGGAAUAUUUUGCAAGCAGAUUUGUCAUUUUUAUACACUCUUCAACUUUUAGUGCUUGUGCUUUUCCCCCCCUUAUCUUUAUUAAAUUUGCUCACUGUAACCGUUAUUAGAUGUGAUAUAUGGUUAUGUUUUCGUGCUCUGUAUUGGUCAUUUUAGAUGUCUUGUAUAAAAGUAUACUCUUUAUUUUUCUCUGCCUAUAAAAAAGUUGAUGUGAUGCUUUAUAUUUUUGUUUAUUAUUGUUGAUCUAUUAAUAAAAGAAAUCUAUCUUGUGGUGA